AUGAAUUGUAAGCAGGAGCUCAUUUUAAUACGAUCAAACGAUGAUGUCGAUGCAAUUGUGAGUAUUGACGAAACCGAACGCCCCAAAGUCGAAAUUACAAAAUUACAGUGGAAUGUAGCCCAUGUUAGCCCAAGCAUGCGUGAACAACUACGAUUAAAUAGUAUAGCUCAUAAAAAUAUUGAGCUACCAAUUAAAUUUCGUUCGUGGCAAAUGAUUGAAUACCCAUCAUUAAAUAAUGCGACACGGCAUACGUGGGCGGUAAAAACCAGUACUAACAUUGAAACACCGAGACAUAUCAUUAUCGCAUUUCAGAAAGGGAGAAAAUCAAAGAUUACUAAAGAUAUGAGCAAAUUUGAUCAUAACGACCUUAAAAAUAUAAAGGUAUUUUUGAAUUCUGAACGAUUUCCUUAUAAUGAUUUACAAAUAGAUUUUGACACUAACAAAUUCGCUCAAAUUUAUGAGAUGUUUGGAAGUUUUCAGACAAGUUAUUAUAAUUUAAACUUAAACCAACCGAUAUUUAACCCGCAAGAUUUUAAAACUAAGACACCACUAAUACAUAUAGAUUGCUCUAGACAGAAAGAAGUGAUCCAAAAUGGGUCCGUCGUUCUCCGUAUCGAAUUUGAAACAAAUACACCUUCAACAACUGAUGUAUCUGCUUAUUGUUUAAUUUUACAUGAGAAGGAAUUUACAUACAAUCCACUAACAAAAAUAGUAAAGCAGUAUUAA